AUGUCGUCUGUAGUCUUUAAUGCCGACCCAUGCGAACUCAAGGUAUCAAGGGAUUUCAACGCUGGCAUCGGCGUCGCAGUGAUGCUGGGUCAGUCAAACUAUCUGGCUAUCGUCGGUGGAGGAAGGCAGCCUAAGUUCCCGCAAAAUAAGCUGGUUAUCUGGGAUGAUGCGAAACAGAAAGUCGUCAUCACGCUAGAAUUCCGCACUUCCGUCCUCGGUGUCCGCCUGUCCAAGUCGCGCAUUGUCGUCGCUUUGCUGAAUAGUAUCCAUAUCUUCGCCUUUUCGAACCCGCCUAAGAAACUUUCGGUCUUCGAGACGACGGAUAACCCGGUAGGCCUGGCCUGCCUGGGACAGAAGUUGCUGGCUUUCCCGGGGCGCUCCCCCGGGCAAGUGCAAAUCGUGGAGCUGGAGACCGGGAACGUGAGCAUUAUUCCAGCGCACAGUUCGCCUCUUCGCGCGAUGGCACUGAGUCCUGAUGGGGAGGUAUUGGCCACGGCGAGCGAAAUGGGGACUCUGGUCAGGGUGUUCUCGACCAGUAACUGUACGAAGAUGGCUGAACUUCGACGUGGAGUUGACCAAGCGGUCAUCUUCUCACUCGCCAUCUCGCCGUCGAAUGACAUGCUGGCUGUUACAUCUGACAAGUCCACUUUACAUGUCUUCGACCUCCCUCAUCCACGGAACCCUGCCAACCAUCCCCCGGCCACUUCCUCACCGCCUGAAGAAGGGACCAGCCUGAAAUGGGGCAUUCUGGGGAAGAUUCCUUUGCUGCCUCGGGUGUUCUCUGAUAUCUACUCAUUCGCAAGCGCCUCAUUUGAGAUUGGCGACGAAGGAGCUCCGGGUUCGCUCUAUGUCCCACCUCUCGGAACAUCGUUCGGUCGACCCUUGAAAGGUGUCAUAGGCUGGGCUGAUGACCGCACGAUCCUAGUGCUUGGCUCGGGACGCGACGGGCGUUGGGAGAAAUUCGCUCUCCGCGAAGCAGAUGAUGGAAAACGCAUUUGUGUAAGAGAAGGUUGGAAACGAUACUUAGGGGGAGGCUAA